UAUCUAUAAAUCAAUAAAUACUUCGUAUAAUAAACUCGAGGGGCCAUUCUCUUAAUUAAUUACAUCAAAUGGUAAUUAAGUGCCUACUAGCCGUCAUCAGUAGAAACUACUGCCAGUCUUUAACCUCACUUCAUUUAAUUACCCCCCAUUUAUGGAACCGUGUACUAUCCUCUCUCUCCGUUUCGGUGCUUCUGGUUAAGCUCAGAUCAGAAUGCUCAUCGCAAUUUGUAAAACACUCUCCCCCCUUCUGGUUCGCGAGUCUUAGAAAUUCUUUACUGUAGCUUUCUUUUAUGCGGUGUUAAAUCUAUGCUUAUUAUCUUUUAAAGUUAUUUCAAUCUUUUCUUAACUUCUUUUCCAUUUUUUCCCAUGUAAAGAUCAGUUCAUGAAAGGUAUGCCAUCAAGGUUUAAACUUCACUUGAUAACCCUUUUCUGCUGAGUCCAUUUCAAAGCUGGCAAAAAAUGAGGAAAAGCACCAGUUUUCACUCAGGAAGGGUUUCUGGUGACAAAAGGUGGAAAGUUCCAUUCUUUGUAAGCUUGCUCUUAUCCAUGACAUUGUUUAUGGCAACCAUUUUCGGGCUAUACUCUUCAUCAUAUGGUAGGGAAGCAAUGGAAGUUGAUGUUCCAUCUUUCAGUGACUCACCAGAAGACUACUUUGUUGACUCGGAGCUGAGGUCAUCAAUGUUGAAAGUGGAACCUAAAACCGAACCACCUAGGUUUGCAUACCUCAUAUCGGGCACAAAGGGUGAUAGUCAAAGGUUAAUGAGAACUUUACGGGCUGUUUAUCACCCGAGAAACCGGUAUAUACUGCACAUGGACUUUGAGGCCCCACCACGUGAGAGGUUGAACUUGACAAUGUCAGUAAAGAAUGAUCAAACUUUCCAUCAAAUGCAAAAUGUCCGUGUAAUGGAACAAUCUAAUUUGGUCACAUACAAAGGCCCUACUAUGAUUGCCACUACAUUACAAGCUAUAGCUAUCAUGUUGAGGGAAAGUUUGGAUUGGGAUUGGUUUAUCAAUCUUAGUGCUUCUGAUUAUCCUCUCAUGACUCAAGAUGAUAUCCUUCAUGUUUUUUCAAAUAUGUCCAGAAAUUUGAACUUCAUUGAACAUAUGCAGCUGUAUGGGUGGAAACUGAAUCAGAGAGCAAGGUCCAUAAUUGUUGAUCCUGGUCUUUAUUUGACUAAGAAAUCUGAUAUCGCUAUGACUUCUCAGCGCCGAUCACUUCCAACAUCUUUUAAACUGUUCACAGGGUCAGCAUGGAUGAUCCUGACACGCUCUUUCCUGGAGUACUGUAUUUGGGGAUGGGACAACCUCCCAAGAACACUUCUCAUGUACUAUACCAAUUUCAUCUCUUCCCCAGAAGGCUAUUUCCACACCGUCAUCUGCAACGCUGAUGAGUUUCGCAACACUGCAAUAGGUCAUGAUCUGCACUACAUCGCUUGGGACAACCCUCCCAAACAACACCCCCUCGCCUUAACCCUCAAGGACUUUCAGGCCAUGGUCAACAGCAGUGCCGCUUUCGCCAGGAAGUUCCGGAGAGACGAUCCAGUUUUGGACAAGAUUGACCAGGAGCUGUUGGGCCGUGGUUCAGACCGGUUUGUGCCAGGGGGUUGGUGUGUAGGGGGUCAAGAGGAUGGGAGUGAUCCUUGUUCGGUCGUCGGAGAUGAUUCGGUGUUUAGGCCUGGUCUGGGUGCGAAGAGGCUGGAGAGUCUGAUGCAGAAGCUGAUGUCAGCAGAUUUUCGUAGUAAGCAAUGUUUGACCAAGAACUAAAACACAAAGAGAAGCUGAUUUGUACAGUGUUGUAAACCACAUGGAACAAAUUGUAAGUUAAAAAUGGUCCAUUGAUUAAUUAUAUGUAGAGUAUGUAGCUGCUCAUUUGCAACAGUGUAAUACAAACAGGGAAACAUCCAACAGAAAUGUGAGUUUACCAAAUCGGGGAAUUUUGCUCAGAUGUAUUUUUGAGAUAUCAUAUGCUAAACGAAAUCAUGAAUCGAUUCAUGUUAGCCGACCCCAAAUUCUUUUGGGAUUAAGGCUGAGAUGUUAUUGUAUCAUGUGCUAAUAUAGCAGAAUGCAUACCCUUGGUAUUAUUCCUAGAU